AGGACAGCUGCAGUGUGAGCUGAGGACGAGCCAUGAAAGCCAUCAGCCCCGUGCGCGCCGUGAGGAGCUGCUACAGAGCCGUGUGCUGCGUGUCUGAACAGAGCCUGACCAUCAGCCGGAGCGAGCCCGGGAGUGCGCUGUGCGACAUGAAUGACUGUUACUCCCGCCUGAAGGCGCUGGUGCCGAGUAUCCCACAGAACAAGACCGUGAGCCAGGUGGAGAUCCUGCAGCACGUCAUAGACUACAUCUGCGACCUACAGAUCGCACUGGAGGCGGAGGACAAGCUGCGCACGCUGCAGGCAUCGGACCUGGCACACAGCUUCUCCACAGAGGACCAACACUUGUGCCAUUAGACCACCACAUCUUCACGGUGCAGCGGGGAACACAUGGCUCCACUUCGCUCCGGGCCAAAGGGCGGAGGGUGCAAAGGUAUUCGGAUAAGGAGACGACUGAGGAAAGGAGACGAGGAAGGAUGUGAGGAGAGAAGGAUGCGAGGACACAGGAGAGAAAGUGGAGAGUAGAGCCUCGUUUACCGUGAAGCACAGACUGUGACUGUUUUGGACAAGAACUCUUGGCCAAAGCCUGGGGUCAGAGGUCACUGUACUGACCUGCUCACACAUUCCAGAUAUCGCGGACUCCUCACCACCCUCACCCCAAUUAUUAUUCAUCUUUUUUAUUGUGAUUUAAGAGAGUUUCACCAAAGGAUUUCAGACCAGCCUUCAGUAUGUUAGUAAAAAACAUUGUCUAGGAUGAAUAUUGGAUUUGAAAUUUUCUGCGUUUCACAAAUUGUUUUCUGGGAGCUUUAGCCCCUUUUUUGUACAUUUUAAAGUGCA